AUGUCAUAAUACCAUUAUUUAUUCAAAUUUAUCAUAGUUGGAGAUGGAAGUGUGGGGAAGUCUUGCAUUUUGUUGAGAUACACAGAGAAAUAAUUUCGAGAUGAACAUGACACUACAAUCGGAGUGGAAUUUGGAUCUUAGGUUUUUGUAAAGAAUGAGAAGACAAUAAAAAUAUAAAUUUGGGAUACUGCAGGAUAGGAUUCCUUCAAGUCAAUAACGAGAUCCUAUUAUAAAGGAUCCAUUGGGGUUUUGCUUGUUUUUGACAUCACAAACGAGGAAUCAUUCCACAAUGUAUUAAAGUGGUAUAAUGAAGUCAAUGAUUCAGCUGCCUAGAAUUGCUAAAUAGUCUUGGUAGGCAAUAAAGUUGAUUUGGAAUCCCAUCGUAAAAUAUCGACCAUUCAAGCGAAGGCAUUUGCUGAUCAACACAAAAUGCAAUACAUUGAAACUUCAGCUAAAACCAAUUAUAAUAUUGACUAAUUGUUUGAGAAUACAGCCAUGGAAAUUGUUGAUAAAAUCGAAAAGAAACAAAUUGAGUUCGCUACAGAAGAUAGUGGCGUUAAAUUAGGUAAUUACUAUAAAUAAUAAAAUACAAAAAAAUAAGAAGACGAUUGCAAAUGCUGAUUAUUAAAAUUAACAAAGUAUCAUCAGUUAUU